UAAAGAACUGAAACUAAGACAGUGCCCAUCUAAUGAGAAAUGGCUGAUAAAACCAUGAUAAAAGCAUAAUACUAUAACAGAAGUCUGGGAAACCUUGAAUGAAAUGAUUCAAAGUGGGAAAAAAAAAGCUGAAGCAGAACUCGUUAUAUAAUACCAUUGUCAAGACAAAUAACUUUAAAAGACUUAGAAGCUCUGAUGAAUGCAAAGUCCAGGGAAGAAUCCGGAGGGCCCUGGAGCUGCCAACGGAGGGUUGAUCCCAAUAGCCCCGACCUCUGCCUAGGACUUUGCUGCAUAAGAAGACCAACUCUUCCCUGGGCCUGGAUCUUGUAAGGACUUUCUGGUUCAUGGAAGCAUAGCCCAGUGAUCAUGUUAGCAGAACUGAGGCAGAAUCGACCAUUCCUGUGGAUCUGAGGAUCCAGAGACUUGAGCUAUAGAAACAGGUUGGCCUGAUAGCGCAGAAAAGUUAGCCAAUCCACAUCUCCAGAAUCAGCGCGUCUUUGGGAGAUCCCAAGGGAGAAGUGAGGCCCCCAGAGAUGGCUGGAGGGGAGCCUUCUGGUUCCUUAUGAGUUCUCUUUCUUCAGCCUCAGCCCAUGUGAGCAGAGAAAAGACAGAGGCCGUGGUUUUUCAUCACCUGCAGCUUCUCGAUUUCCAGCCUUGCCAGAAAUUUUGUGCUGAGCCACCAGGGCUUUCCAAAAGGAAUACUGUUAAGACAUGAAUGAAGACACUUGCUAUCCCCCUAAGAGGGAAGGGAGAGGAGAAGACCAGGCUAUGAGAAUUUCUGUUGAGUCCUCUCUGAUUGAUGAGAACGGCUUUUUCCUCCCAGCCAUCAGAUGUGUUCCAGUGUCUGCCCUGAAAUACCACGUGGACCUCCAGGAUCUGACUGAGGAAGACAGUAGCUUGGAGCCAGUCGCCGCGGGCGACAGUCUGGAGAUGCUCAGAGCCGAGGAGGAGUGGCAGUCAGUGGAGAGUAUUCAGCCAGAAGCAGGCUCCUGGGAGAGGCCAGACAGGGCCGGGCAGCUGAUUUCCUUCAACGAGGCCCUCCAGCACUUCCAGUCAGCCGACCUCUCCGUUUGCAGGGAAAAGAUCCAGUCAACGGUUCCCCGCAGGGGGUUCUCGGCUUUCCUCCAUUGCCUCUUUGGGCCCCCCCAGUUGCGCGACGGCCUUCAGGAAGAACGGGACUUGAUCCUGGCCAUUGCCCAGUGCAGCCUAGACCACAAAGACCCCGUGCACGGCCGCGUCCUGCAGACCAUCUAUAAGAAGCUCACGGGUUCCAGAUUUGACUGCGCCCUCUCUGGGACCCACUGGGAGGAACUGGGCUUUCAAGGAUCGAACCCGGGCACGGACCUUCGAGGGGCAGGCUUCCUGGCCCUCCUGCAUCUGCUCUACUUGGUGAUGGACGCCAAAACCCUUCUGCUAGCCCAUGAGAUCUUCCGACUUUCCCAGCACCAUGUCCAGCACUUUCCCUUCUGUGUGAUGUCCGUGAACAUCACCCAGAUAGUGAUCCACGCCCUUCGGGAGGAGUGUCUCUCCAAAGAAUGCAAUCGCCAGCAUACAGUGAUCCCCGUCGUGAACAGCCUGUAUGUAGCCAUCUUUCUCCACCUGGCCUACAUCUGGAAGACACAGCAGAAAACCAUUCUAGACUCCAGCUUUGUUCUUAAAGACCUGGAGAUCCUGGCCAAAAGGAAUCCAAAGCAGUUGCUCAGGAACCUGGACACCUACUUGACCAAAAGGACCAAAGGGCUCUCCCCGGGGAAGUUGUCGGGAACACAGGCCAUCUCUGAAUCCCACGGCUCCCACCCAAAGACCCUCCACUUCACAGGAAUAUGUGACCUGCACUAGACACGACCGAGGGGCGCAGGCUGUUCCACUCCAGCAACCCCAAGAUUUGAACACCAGAGCUCGACGCUCUUGGAGAGGUCCACGCGGGCCAUCACCUAGGAGUACGGCCUGGCUGACCCUUUUCUGUUGCUGAGGUAUAGCUUUUAGAGGGAGAACCUGGCCCGGAGACAGAAUCAUCCAGUACCUCGAACCCCUAGGCUGUGGUAAGCACCCCCGGGCCAGAUCCCCGGGACGCACAGGCAGCGAAACUUAGGGUCCGCUCCACGCGGAUGCUGCCCCAGGUUUGUUGGCCUGUCCAUGGGCAGAGGCCUUCCUAGCACUCCCGAAAUUCAGCAGAGACCAACGGGGCUGUAAGCUCUCGCUCUGCCUGAUAUUUGGGUGAGGCGUGGGCAGAUUGAGGUAAGAAAGAUUAACUCCUGAAGAAGUAGAGCGUUCAUUCUUUGGCACGAGAGCUUCCCAGGCUCAAUGACCUCGGUGACUAGGUACAAAAUUAGUCUGAGUCUGAAGAGCAGUAGGAUAGAAGAGAAGAAAAAGGCAGUGACGGCAGCAACCGCUGUCGGAGGUUGUCGGGCCUGUGGGAGGCUGGCCGGGCCCUCGUCCCCCCUCUCUCAGGGUCGGGUGGCUCCUCCGGGCCAGACACCCAGAGCCCCUGGGCUUCCUGAUCUUCCCGCCACUUAAUGUGGGACCAUUUUCAUAAAGAUGGGGCUAGAGACAGCCAGGCGGAGGAAGGGCCGCUUUUCACAGGAGCAGUUUUCAAAUAAAAAAAGAUUAUCAAAGUUUUAAAUUCUCACAGAAUUUUUAUUUUUCUUUCAUUAAUUUUCUGAGUAUAGUUAGAGGCAGAAGUGGGGAAGGGAGAGAGAGCAGCAGUGGGGCCACUGUGUGACAUCCCUUGAUGUGUUGCUCUUUGUAGCCGUUGUCUGCAGGAGUCUCAGAGGAGGGAAGUUUGCUUUUGCCCUGAGUCCCAUGGAAGCCAGUUAGCCCUCCAUGGCCCCAGAAACACCCUCACUUAAAGCCGGGGAGCCUGGGACUGUGCAGGGAGAAAAUGGCCAUCCAGAAAGGGCGCAACUCCUCCAUGGAGUCCUCAGCCGGACUCCUCUUCCAGUUACCAGUGGGACCGCCCACUCACGGCAGGUACCAGGAGCCCUGAGCCCCGGCCAGGAGAGCAGGGGCCGCUCAGCUCCCCCUGGAGGGUUUCUCUGUCUCCAUCAGGGGCCAUUCCUCCUAGGCCAGGCCCUGAGGUUCCCCUGGAGCAUAAGCCCCCCCCACCUCCCCCCAACUCCCUGCAUGAGGAGAGCCCUGGGCCCCCAAACUCUAGUGUUUCAGACUGCCCCACCCCCCUAAGCCUCAAACAGGAGCUGUGCUGCCUUGGGCUGGUCUCUCCUUCCCACAGCUGAGUGAGGCCUUAGCAGACCAGCCCAAAUGGGUGUCCUCAGAGGUAGCCAGGGGGCGCAGGGGAGAUCCGCCAGCCCUGGCCUCAGGAGACCUGGGUUCCAAUCCGGCCUCAGACACUUACCACUUCCUGGCUGGGUGACCCUGCACAAGUCACUUAACCCCGAUUGCCUCAGCAAAAAGGAGAAAAGUUUACUCAGAAGUACAAGGAAUUGGAGAA